AUGAACCUAUCGGUGACGAUGAUGAAGCGAACUUUGCCAUGUUCAGCAUCGCUUUGGCAAGCUCCGACAGCCGAAGACUGGGAAGUUCAGAUGAGCACAGACAAGCACUUGCGACAACAUCAUAGACAUGGUCUUCAUUCUCUUAUGGAGCAUCUGCUUACUGCACAGGACAGUGAGUUCAAGCGAGGUAAUUGGUAUCGCUUUGAGGCAGCCAACGCGCUGUCUUCCUACAUCUUAAUCCAUGGGCUCAUUGCUGCUAUCGCCGAGGACAAGUACCGUGUAGUCGAGUCUACAGCAUCAAGUGCAACGAGAACUUUGAAGAAGCUCGAUUUCUCAAAUGGCUUACGGCUAUGGCGUCACAGCUUUGAGUGCAUCCCAGCUUCACAGCGCAACUCACCACUGGUCCGCAACGCAAAGCUCAUGUAUCACUUCGCCGCAGUCUUGAUUGCGAAUACCAUUUCUGAUCCCCAGAUGGCUGCCGGCACUGCAUUGUCGUUUGGACGCGUGGUGACAGCACAGCGCAGUCAAGAAGCGUACAACCGACUCAUCUCGACGGAUAGACUGGAUCAGGAGUCCUACCUUCACGGUUUGGCAAUCGUGCAACUGGGCUUGCAGUCUCACGAAGAGCCCUUUGAUGGUGAUGCAAACAAUAUGGAAGCCGAGGAUGGUGACUCGACAACAACAAUUUCAGUUCCCGUUUGGCAAGCUUACAGUGCAUUCCUUGGCGUUCUUAUAGUGUGGGCUAGGGUCAUCCAUCUCGGGAGGAUCCCAGAACCAAAUGGCGAGGAAUGGGCCACUUUCCGAGUAGCCAAAUGCCCAUAG